UUUUCCAUAUAAAUUGCUCACUAAAUCGUCCGUCAAUUCCUUCCAUCAGUUGACCAAUAAGAACGCAGCUCGCUCCCCACCCGGAAGUUUAUACGUUUUACCCCUCCCACACAUUCUCAGGUCGGACUGCGCAUGCUCAGUUGCUUUCUAUUGGUCCUUUGCGAGUGACAGUAGGGUACGUUUUUUGUUUGGAGGCUGGCACGUAAAGCCUGUUUGAAGUGUUCGCAAGCCUCGGUUUGAAUGUCUUGUUUUUGUGUAACAGGCACCUUAGUAUAUGAGCCACUUAGUCCAGACAGUACCAAGCAUGAGUCUGGUAGGGGCGUGUCCGGGUGUGAGUAAAAUCCUGUUGGGGGAGGUACUAUAUAUAUGCAGUAGGCGGAGCUAGGUCGGAUGUACUGGGGCCGGACAGGGUCAGGUGGGAGCCAAAGUAAAGGUCUUACAAUGAGUUGGUGUUUGAGCAAAGUUUCCGCAGCUCUCCUGCGAGGAAGCGUUCGGACUCAGCAGGCCUGUGGUUCCUUAUCCACCCGGCGAUGGAUUAGUUCAGACAGCCGAUCCCCGGAGCACUUAGACGGGUUGAUUAAGAAAGAAAAAGUAGUGGUGUUCAUCAAGGGCACCCCGGCCCAGCCCAUGUGCGGCUUUAGCAACGCGGUGGUGCAAAUACUCCGUAUGCAUGGCGUGCACGAAUACGCGGCCUAUAAUGUACUGGAAGACCAGGACCUGAGGACAGGGAUAAAGAAUUAUUCAAACUGGCCCACCAUACCUCAGGUCUACUUUAAUGGUGAAUUUGUGGGGGGCUGUGAUAUCCUACUUCAAAUGCAUCAGAAUGGAGACCUUGUGGAAGAGCUGAAUAAGUUGGGAAUUCGUUCUGCAUUGUUAGAUGCUGAACCAAGCCAAGAGAAAAAGUAAUGUACUGUGUUAUGAACUAUAUCUGACAAAAGGAUAAAGGCCUGAUUGCACCGGAAAAGCCUUAUGCUCCUGGAGGAACUGUUGUACAGAUGCUCUGAUGUCCAAAAUAAGUCCAUGUAAUGUUCUCUAUUAAUAAAUCAACCCAUCCACCACAUUGUGCUGAAACCUGUCUGGCAGGGAGUAGAUCUGUGUAAUAUAUUUAGAUAAUGACCACUGAUGUACUAAGAGAAAAAUAUACACAAGGAAAAUAUUGUAAACAAUAAAAUUAUAUGUUUAUCAUU